GCCGGGAAUACGCAGAAAUUGUCUCAAGACUAGGCCCAUCAGAGGCUAAUUCGGAAAGUGAAAGGCGAUAUUGGUGUGCGUUAUUCUAGGCCCUCCAAGCGUUACGGAGAAGCUGGUGAGACGGAAAAGGACGGGGGUUCGACAAGGGAAGACAAAAUCGCCCUGGAACAGCGUCUUCUCAGGGCCGCUAAUGGCACGGGGAACUUUGGCUUGCAGCAACACCUAGGAUGUCGCAGGACUCUGCCUUUCAGUCCUUCGGGUCGCCCUCCUCCCGCGACCGGCCCAUUCCGAACGUUGUCUUCGUGAUAGAUACCGGUUCUUCUACUCUCACCACAUCGGAGGCCGGUGGCACAGCACAGUCCCCUCCCGACUUCGAGACUUUCAUUCGCAUAACAGUUUUACGGAUACUGCUAUACUUUCAUAUCCAUGUGGAUCCCCGCUUUCGAUGGAGCUACCAGCUGUUCGACCUUGGCUCAGUUUCCACGUUCCAUAAAGCCGUCACGAAGCACGCGCGAGAGUUCAUUCCUGUGACGUUGGCAGAGUUUGCGGCGGAUUUGAACGGGCAGCUCGAAAAUCAGAGUGGUAUCGAGAAGGAGGAUGGGGAGGAGCGGUCGCCCUGGGAGUCAUCACCGUCGUUUGUUGAGAAGGUUUCCACCACACUCCGGAAGACGUUGACGGAUUUUCGGUGGGACUGGGGAGGGUCAGGCUCGUCGAUGGUUCUACCAUCUCCCGUGAGACCGAGGAAGCAGAUGACGGAUGGCGCGGCUCCUGUGAGGCUUCGGAACUAUAUGUACUUCAUCUCGGCGUUACCGAGCACAGUUGCGGACUUGCGGACGUAUGUCGGACUUGGCGGUGCAGAAUGCGGAGUAUCGCGGUGCUUGGAGGUGAUGCAGCAGCAUCUGCUUGGUGGGGGGCUGUGGAGCGCUUUCCUGGAGAAACGGGCUGCUUUAUCAUGGAUCACCACUCCGAGCCUCCCGAGUGUGCAAAUAGAGGACAACAAGAACUUUGAGAUUCAAUCCACUCUCUCGUGUGUUCUUGCAGCCCUGGGUGGCGUCCUAGCGCCCGGAGCUCUGAUGACAGAUGCCAUCUACGGCGUUCCUUUACCGACGCUGAUGAAGGUGCUCCGGCAGAAGGCAUUGUACCCUGCAUAUGGAAAGGAGCUCGUGAUGGGUAAACCCGCAGGGACGACUCGGCGAUGUUUACCUCUCUCGCAAAAGAAGUCGGCCUUCAAGACACAGUGGGAGGGAAUGCUCAUCGAUGGAUAUGCAGAAACUGAGCAACCUCAUGUACCUAUAGUCAUCACACAUGUUGCCGGCGGCGACGAACCGUCUACAGGAGAACGCAAAUUGCUCGGGAGAGGACCAUCGCUCAGCUUGCCCAGCACUGCGAAUAUCAAAGCUCUACCGUUCGCCGGGGCCAAGAUGGAAAUAGUGCAUCGAUUUCAUGCCCAGUUGCUCGACGCGGAAUGGAUGGAGAAGGAAACAUACCAAUGCGUCUCGCCGCUGCUGGACACCGCUGGGACUAUCUCAUUUUGGGACGUACAGUACACAAAAAAGGAAGUGUUGAUGGUGCAGGUACAUCUUGAACCCAACAGUAUGGAAGACACCUCCGCUGCAGAAUCGAAAGGGAUGGCUUUGAAUGACCGCACAACGCCAAGUUCUUCGCCAUCCGAAAAAGUGGACCUGGAACCGAUAGAGCGCUGUGCGGUUAUCAUCCCCAUCAUGCCGGGCUUCGCCGUCCUGCGAUUGAUCAAACCAGAUUCGGAAGACGAUUGUAUCGGCCAAUGCGACCUUCCAGAGGACUGUCUCAGCUAUGGCGCAACCGUGGAUGAUACUUUGCUCUCCCAGUGGUACAGCAAUGAACUCGAUCAACAAAUCCACAGUAUGAUUUUCAAUGGGGAAUCAGCUCGGGACUCAGUUAAGCAACUCUGCACCGCUACAUUUGACAUCUGGUAUCCCGAAAUGGAGGACGAAAGACUGCGCACGCGCUUGGAGCUGGAUGCACGGCCUCCCCCAAUACCACCUCCAUCACCGAAAUUCUCGUCGCCGUUACCAGCCCCCCGCUCGUGCCGCAAGUCCAAAACUGCCGGAAGGCCUUUGGGUGACUGUGUCUCGGUGGAUGAUAUCGUUCUUGCACUGAAGAAAGGGUACAUGGACGUGCUACUGGGACAUAACUCCCUAGCACAAUUCAUGGACACGUCAUUGUCCAACGUUCACGAGGCGAUAGCGUCCAUCGUUUUCACAACGGUCGGGCCGGCAUCGCCAAGCCGUUCGAAAUACAAUAGGGCCAACCGCGCAGCGAUGAAUACAUUUUUGGAAUUUGUGUCGAGGUCCACGAUUCGCGGCGUUACGGCUCUAGAGCAACGAUUUCGAUCCAUAUCCGAACUAUUGUCACGAACAGCAAACGAAGCAUCGGAGCCUGACGAUCCAGCUCGUGUACAAAUCCCGCACGUGGACCCCGAUGAGGCCAGAAUGCUCACCAAGUGGUGGGCAGGCGUAUCCAACACGGCGUCGCUAGACCCAACGGUUGACCUGGCUAGGCUUUUGAGACGCAAACUUACCCUGAUGAAGACAGAAGAAGCAAAGCUGCAGCUCGUUCUCCUGUUCGACAUGCUCCGCAUUCACGUUCAAGACAAGGUCGAACUCCCCGACAUUUCGCACUGGUUUGCAUCUCCACAACCCCCACCCGCGGAACCUUCAACAACGACCGAUCCAUCACUUUCAAAACGCAAGCGCAAAUCGAUGACAAGCGCCUUAGACAGCUAUAUAGUCAGACUUCCUAAACGCCGGAAAAGCGAUAUGCCGAAACAGCGACCAACGGCUGUGCCAGAAGCAGAGUCCGAGACUGCUGACAAUCACCCCAAGGAGAACGAUAGCCCCGAGGAGACGAAAGCUGUGGAGGCAACGCCUAUCGUGGACCGCAAAGCAAUGUUUGUCAAGGCGAUCGAAGAGCUGAUGGAUCGGAUAUGUAUAUGGAACGCGGUAACCAGUUUCGAUUCUGGACCCGACGAGUCGACCCUGUUGAAGACAUUUGUGGAGCCCGUGCUUAUUAAAUACUACAAUUCAUUCUUCCCGGACAUUGUUAAGUCACUCUUCAUCAAAGCCGGUGGGGACCCCUCGACUCAGAAUCCGGUCCCCCCGUCCCCUUUCUUCAAGAAGAAGCGCAAGGGCAGCAGUCGAAUCGAGACGAAAGUUGGAAGCGGAAUGAGUGGCGUCAAGCGAAGUGGCAAUCGAAGUAGCAAAGCUAACGAGCGCCGACGAGGGGUGCUAGUCAGCAAUGAUGCGAACGCGAAACCCUCUACCACCAGCCGGGCGGCAGCAAUGCCCGCUUUUCUGAGAGGGUUGGGAAAACGGCAGAUUUCCCUUGCGGGCAUGCCGAAAUCGAAUUCCAAUGGCAGCAGUAGAGAUGCGGGUAAAAAGGAGUCGGCAACGUUGGCGCAGGGCCAGUCGGCUUUCAUGAAAGAGUUGAGACGGUCCUCAACGGCGUCCUCUACGGCGUCAAACUCGGGACCCACUGGCAGUUCGCAGCCUCUUGGCCGACGGAGCACGACUUACUCGCUGACGACGAAGAAUGCCACAAAUCCCGGCUUGUCUCGCACUGCCACCUCUAUCUGCGCGGGGCCCAUCAGCAAGUCCGGAAGAAGCGGUAAAGGCAGUGGCAUGGACCCUCUGGGCCAGGCUCAACGCACGAAGUCGAUGCCCGCUUUUAGUGAACAUGCCGAUAAUCCUUUUUGGGACGCGCCGUCAUCGCCAACAUCGUCGAUAGCUUCUGUGAAAAUCGGUACAGGGAAGACGCGGGGAUCAGUUCCUUCAGCGACAUUCACGCAGCCACCUCGCAGGUCGUCUUCCGCGUGGUCUUCCGUGUCGUCAGGGAGCAUGGAAGCACUGGGGAGCAAGACGGAUGUGAACCCCGCAGCGGGCAGGACAGGCUCGCUUCCGCGGCCUUUUGCCGAAUUCGCGAAACCGAAACUGAACAAGGCAUUCAACGCCGCGCAAGAACCUGACGAGGAAGUGUUCGGCCGUAAAGCAAAGGAGAACACUCAUAUUGAGAAUCCUUUCAAUACCAGCAUUGGCAGCCCGUCGCGAGCAAAGGCCACCGCUAUUCCACAUUCGCCACAGGGACCUUUCCGCUCACCUCUGGCAAAACGCUUAUCGUCGUUUGCCACCUUGAAACGCGAUUCAUUCGGCAGCACGCAAUACACGGCUUCACCGGCCGCUAUAGAUGCGGAGCUGAAUCCGUUCCUCGUCGCAGGCAAUGACAAUGUCGGACCCAGACCCAAGCGCUCGCUGGGCGCUGCGUCUGGAUCGCCCACACCACGAAAACGAACCGCGCCGCUUUCGGGAGGCAAUGUAACGCCUGAACCUAAAAAGUCCGCAAGGAGGAUGAGCCGUCUGCACGGUGAGCUGCCUCCGCGGCCGCCGGUGUUCAGCACUCCUACUGGUAGCAGAAAGAGGCCUGUGGAUGCAGGUGAUGGCGUGUUGCCUCCGCGACCGCCGGUGUUUGGUACACCGGCUGGGACGAAAAAGAGGUCUUUGGAUGGAGAUGACUUGUCGCCAUCGGUUCCUACCACAGGGUUAUUCAAAGAUGCGCAGGGACGUCCUGCGUACCAGACCGUUACUCCAACCAAGGCGCGCUCGGGUUCGAGAUUGACUGUAAGCCAGAUGAAGUUGAGAAGAGAGUACCAGGCCGGCACACCCCCACCGAGACGGGCCAGCGGCGGAGGCACCAAGUCAGCCUGUACGCCGAAUGCGCCGUCCGACCCGACAACGCCGACUGCGAAGCGUACUAGCGAUGUCCAUCGGUCGCCCAGCGUCAAGCGCGGAUCGCAGGGGAAUGCAGGAUCGUUACACGUUCCCAGCACGACUCCUCAAGCCCACGCGAUGCAACGUUCACCUAGCCGCUUGCACCCGUCGGUCACGCCCAGUACCAUCCGUAAUCACAACAAUGCCAUUCGAAACACGCCGCUGGCUACACCGGGAUCGUGCCAGCGACUUCAGAGCAUGUUGAUGGAGUUUGCGGAUGAUGAUGAGGACGGGUUUGGGUGGGAUUGAACGUAUGGGGAUUUCAGGUCGAGGAUCAUUUAUGUGAUGAGGGUUAGAAGAAGGCAUUGACGGGAUUUCUGUGCCUGCGCACGAUUUUGGAAAGGAGGAAUUGCUUGGGAAGUGGGAUGUAAGGGGCAGGAAGCAGAGAAACGACCACAAUAUGUACAGUCACGGCGUCUCGGUUCAUACCCACAUCGAUGCAUAAUAAGAAUGAAAUAUCACAAUCCGUGAGAAACCAAUCGGUUUGGGAAAAUUCGCAG